AUGGCCACUCCCUCCCCUCUUCGACGGGGCUCGUCCACCGGCCAUCUUCCUCCACCGCAGCUUGCUUCGCACCCGCAUGCCUCGCACCCGCAUGCUCACACGGCUCACACGGCCUCGGCCGCCCUGGCCGCCGCGACAGCUUCCGCCUCGGCCUCCGAACACGCCGUGCACCCGUCCCUCCUCCAGCCCCGCGUCGCCGUCGUCCUCAAGGUGCCCCCGCCGUGGCACCCGUGGCUCUUCGCCCUCCGCCUCGUCUCCAUCCUGCCCGCCCUGUGGUGGGGGCUGCCCUCGGCCCUCCAGCUGCUGCUCCGCGUGCUGCCCGGCCCGGAGCUCGUUAUUGUCGUCGGCGCUGGCCAGGCCGCGCUGAGCAUCGACGCGGAUGCCCGCUAUGCGCUGACCGAGACCAGUUUGGCAACCAUAUGGUGCUUUGCCUCUGGGUACCUGUCGUUCUUCUUUACGGAUUGCUUGAUGUCCCGAUGGCUCAUCAACUACACCCCCCAGGCCACCAUGGUCCGCCUUCUCACCAUCAACGCCGUCAACGCCUACAUAACCUCCAACGUCCUCUACCUCGCCGGCGGCUUUCAAGAUCCACGCCUCCUCCUCCCUGGCUGGAUCGGUAUCGCUACCACUCUGACAGUGUUCUACCACAUCGUCCACCAAAAAAUCAACAUCCGCAAAGAAACGUCCACCUCCAUCAACGUCUUCUCCAUCGCCAGCUUCAUCAGCAUGGUCGCGCUGCUGGCCCACAUGCACGCCCACGUCCCUGAAUACCCCCAGAUACCCCUAAUCACGUCGAGCCGGCGUGCGUGGGACGAGGCGUCGCGUGUUGUUGCCCAAGUCAGGGGUGGCCCCGAACACGAAGACCUGUGA